AUGCAUCCUUCACUCAUCGUACGUUCAGGCAGGUCUGCGUGGAAGGGGCCUUUCUUUGUCUCGUUCCCAAACAUCCGCGAGGCGUUGACGAACAAUGUCGCUAUAAAGACGCAGGCGCGGUCGUGCACGAUCCUGCCCCACUUUGUAGGGCUUCGAUUCAUGGUUCACAACGGCAAGGACUACGUACCGGUCACCGUCACGCAAGACAUGGUGGGUCAUAAGCUAGGCGAAUUUUCGCAUACGCGGAAACGUUUCGUGUACAAAGCGACGAAGAACAAGUAGCACCCUCCACAUUUCCCCUCAUUUCACCUGUGCACAUUGUCCUACGCCUGUGCACAUUGUCCUACGCUUUCCCUCUGCGCUUUGCUCCAGUGUACGUCUAUGUUCCUGCUAAUCACAUCGACGCCUCUUCCACCCGUUCGCUUUGCCUCAUAUGAACGACCCUGUUGCGCAGGGGCAUCGUGCCGCCUCGCCUCAGAAUUGGCGAUCGGGGUUGAGAUUACUGCAUUCAGGUUGUGUGAGAUAAGUUUGCGGUGCAAUCUCAGUGCCACGAUCGCGCGAGCAUGAACCGGCUGCCAUACCGAGCGGCGUUCUUGAUGAUCAACCGAACGGUGUUCGACCAAUUGUGGGCCGCCUGUGUGUUUCAGAUGGGACAUGAAUUUCCGAGCGCAAUCAGCAGUAAAUGAGAGAGAAUGAGAGAAAG